CCACAGGGCGACCCAGAACUACGGCUCCCAGCAAGCCCUGCGCCGGCCCUCAGUGUGGUCGCGCUGCCGGAAGUGCAGGUCGCGCUUCCGGCGGCGGCUCCGGGACGGGGGUGUGCGCCCUUCUCGGCGUCCGGGCUGCCCGGCGCGCGGAGGCGCGGCGCGGGAGGAGUCCUCUGGUGUGUCCCUGCCCACCAUGGCCAAGCCAACAAGCAAAGAUUCAGGCUUGAAGGAGAAGUUCAAGAUUCUGUUGGGACUGGGAACAUCAAGGCCAAAUCCCAGGUCUGCAGAGGGGAAACAGACGGAGUUCAUCAUCACGGCAGAAACCCUGAGAGAACUGAGUGUUGAAUGUGGCCUCAACAAUCGCAUACGGGUGAUAGGGCAGAUUUGUGAAGUCGCAAAAACUAAGAAAUUUGAAGAGCAUGCAGUGGAAGCGCUCUGGAAGGCCGUUGCGGAUUUGCUGCAGCCAGAGCGGCCGCCAGAGGCCCGGCACGCGGUGCUGGCUCUGCUGAAGGCCAUCGUGCAGGGGCAGGGUGACCGCCUGGGGGUCCUUCGAGCCCUCUUUUUUAAGGUCAUCAAGGAUUACCCUUCCAACGAAGACCUCCACGAAAGGCUGGAAGUUUUCAAGGCCCUCACGGACAAUGGGAGACACAUCACCUACUUGGAGGAAGAACUGGCUGAGUUUGUCCUGCAGUGGAUGGAUGUCGGCUUGUCCUCAGAGUUCCUUCUGGUGCUGGUGAACUUGGUCAAAUUCAACAGUUGUUACCUUGAUGAAUACAUCGCAUCAAUGGUUCACAUGGUCUGUCUGCUGUGCAUCCGGACUGUGUCCUCCAUGGACAUAGAGGUCUCCCUGCAGGUGCUGGAUGCCGUGGUCUGCUACAACUGCCUGCCAGCCGAGAGCCUCCCGCUGUUCAUCGUCACCCUGUGCCGCACCAUCAACGUCAAGGAGCUCUGUGAGCCUUGCUGGAAGCUGAUGCGUAACCUCCUGGGUACCCACCUUGGCCACAGCGCCAUCUACAACAUGUGUCGAGUCAUGGAGGACAGAGCCUACAUGGAAGACGCCCCGCUGCUGAGAGGAGCUGUGUUCUUUGUGGGCAUGGCUCUCUGGGGAGCCCACCGGCUGUACUCGCUCAAGAACUCCCCGACUUCUGUGCUGCCCUCGUUUUAUCAGGCCAUGACCUGCCCGAACGAGGUGGUGUCCUACGAGAUCGUCCUGUCCAUCACCAGGCUCAUCAAGAAGUACAGGAAGGAGCUCCAGGCCGUGACGUGGGACAUUCUGCUGAACAUCAUGGAACGGCUGCUUCAGCAGCUCCAGUGCCUGGACAGCCCAGAGCUCAGGACCAUCGUCCACGACCUGCUGACCACGGUGGAGGAGCUGUGUGAUCAGAACGAGUUCCACGGCUCCCAGGAGAGAUACUUCGAGCUGGUGGAGAGCUGUGCAGACCAGAGGCCUGAGUCCUCCCUCUUAAACUUAAUAUCCUACAGAGCUCAGUCAAUUCACCCGGCAAAGGACGGCUGGAUUCAGAACCUGCAGCUGCUGAUGGAGAGAUUCUUCAGGAGUGAGUCUCGUGGCGCUGUGCGCAUCAAGGCGCUGGACGUGCUGUCCUUUGUGCUGCUCAUCAACAGGCAGUUCUACGAGGAGGAGCUGAUCAGCUCAGUGGUCAUCUCACAGCUGUCCCACAUCCCUGAGGACAGAGACCCCCAGGUCCGGAAGCUGGCCACCCAGCUGCUGGUGGACCUGGCCGAAGGCUGCCACACUCACCACUUCAACAGUCUGCUGGACAUCGUCGAGAAGGUCAUGGCCCGCUCGCUGUCUCCACCCCCGGAGCUGGAGGAGAGGGACGUGGCCGCGUACUCGGCUUCCUUGGAGGACGUGAAGACCGCCGUUCUGGGGCUCCUGGUCAUCCUCCAGACCAAGCUGUACACCCUGCCCGCCAGCCACGCCGUGCGUGUGUACGAGACGCUCGUCAGCCAUGUCCAGCUGCACUACAAGCACAGCUACACUCUGCCCAUCGCCAGCAGCAUCCGGCUACAGGCCUUCGACUUCCUGCUGCUGCUGCGGGCCGACUCGCUGCACCGCCUUGGCCUGCCCAACAAGGACGGGGUCGUGAGAUUCAGCCCCUACUGCCUCUGUGACUACAUGGAGCCUGAGAGAGGCUCUGAGAAGAAGGCCAGUGGCCCCCUGUCACCUCCCACGGGGCCGCCUGGCCCUGCUCCUGCAGGCCCCGCCGUGCGGCUGGGCUACCUGCCCUACUCCCUGCUCUUCCGCGUCCUGCUGCAGUGUUUGAAGCAGGAGACCGACUGGAAGGUGCUGAAGCUGGUCCUCAGCAAGCUGCCCGAGUCCCUGCACUACAAGGUCCUCAUCUUCACCUCUCCCUGCAGCGUCGACCAGCUGUCUUCCGCCCUCUGUGCCAUGCUUUCAGGCCCAAAGACCCUUGAGCGGCUGCGAGGUACCCCAGAAGGGUUCUCCAGAACUGACCUGCAUUUGGCGGUGGUUCCGGUGCUGACAGCGUUAAUCUCGUACCAUAACUACCUGGACAAAACCAAACAGCGUGAGAUGGUGUACUGCCUGGAGCAAGGCCUCAUCUUCCGCUGUGCCGGCCAGUGUGUGGUGGCCCUGUCCGUCUGCAGUGUGGAGAUGCCUGACAUCAUCAUCAAAGCGCUGCCCGUGCUGGUGGUGAAGCUCACGCACAUCUCGGCCACGGCCAGCAUGGCCGUCCCGUUGCUGGAGUUCCUGUCCACUCUGGCCAGGCUGCCGCAUCUGUACAGGAACUUCGCUGCGGAGCAGUACGCGAGCGUGUUCGCCAUCUCGCUGCCGUACACCAACCCCUCCAAGUUCAAUCAGUACAUCGUGUGCCUGGCCCACCACGUCAUAGCCAUGUGGUUCAUCCGGUGCCGCCUGCCCUUCCGGAAAGACUUCGUCCCUUUCAUCACGAAGGGCCUGCGCUCCAAUGUCCUCCUGUCUUUCGAUGACACCCCUGAGAAGGACAGCUUCAGAGCACGGAGCACCAGUCUCAACGAGAGGCCCAAAAGUUUGAGGAUAGCCAGACCCCCCAAACAAGGCUUGAAUAACUCUCCACCCGUGAAAGAAUCCAAGGAGAGCUGCGCAUCCGAGGCCUUCCGGUGCCGCAGCAUCAGUGUGUCUGACCAUGCGGUGCACAGCAGGAUACAGACGUCCCUCACUAGCGCCAGCCUGGGGUCCGCAGAUGAGAACUCCAUGGCCCAGGCUGAUGACAACCUGAAAAAUCUCCACCUGGAGCUCACAGAAACCUGCCUGGACAUGAUGGCCCGAUACGUGUUCUCCAACUUCACGGCAGUCCCCAAGAGGUCUCCAGUGGGGGAGUUCCUCCUGGCAGGCGGCAGGACCAAGACCUGGCUGGUUGGCAAUAAGCUUGUCACCGUGACAACAAGCGUGGGAACUGGGACCCGGUCGUUGCUAGGCCUGGACUCAGGGGAGCUGCAGGCUGGCCCAGAGUCAAGCGCUGACCCCAGUGUGCACAUGACACAGACGAAGGAGGCGCCGGCCAAGCUGGAGUCCCAGGCUGGGCAGCAGGUGUCCCGUGGGGCCCGGGACCGGGUCCGCUCCAUGUCGGGGGGCCACGGUCUUCGCGUUGGUGCUCUAGACGUGCCGGCUGCCCCCUCCCCGGGUGGCCCUACUUCUCCAGGACCACAGACGGCACCGGCCUCGAAGCCUGAGAAGGCCUCAGCGACGGCCCAGAUUCCAGCACAGGAGAAAGCGCCCCUGGCGGCCUGUGUGCCCCUGCUGACCCAGGGCUGGGCCGAGAUCCUGGUCCGGAGGCCCACAGGGAACACCAGCUGGCUGAUGAGCCUGGAGAACCCGCUCAGCCCCUUCUCCUCGGACAUCAACAACAUGCCCCUGCAGGAGCUGUCCAACGCCCUCAUGGCGGCCGAGCGCUUCAAGGAGCACCGGGACACGGCGCUGUACAAGUCACUGUCGGUGCCGGCAGCCGGCACGGCCAAGCCCCCGCUCCUCCCGCGCUCUAACACAGACUCCGCUGUGGUCAUGGAGGAGGGAGGUCCCGGAGAGGCCCACGUGCCGGUGGAGCCCCCCGAGUUGGAGGACUUGGAGGCUGCGCUGGGCCCGGACAGGUCCUGCGGGCGUGCCAGCGCUUACAGCAGGUCAUCGUCAGCCUCCAGCCAGGAGGAGAAGGCGUUCCGUGGGGAGGAGCUGGCUGCCGGGGCCAUCCCCAUUGGGCGUGCCGUCUCCGCCGAGGGCGGCCGACCCUCCGUGGACCUGUCCUUCCAGCCCUCGCAGCCCCUGAGCAAGUCUAGCUCCUCGCCUGAGCUGCAGACCCUGCAGGACGUCCUCGGGGACCCUGGGGACAAGGCUGAUGUGGGCCGGCUGAGCCCUGAGGCCAAGGCCCGCUCACAGUCGGGGACCCUGGACAGGGAAGCUGCUGCCUGGGUGGCGCCGGGCGAAGAGAGUCGGUGCCUGGGCCCCGCCCAGCCUGAGGGUCCCCUGCAUCCCGGUGCCCCCCGCUCGCCCAGUGGCCUGCGGCCCCGAGGCUACACCAUCUCUGACUCGGCCCCGUCGCGCAGGGGCAAGACGGUGGAGAGGGACACCUUCAAGAGCAGAGCGGCGGCCUCCAACGCUGAGAAGGUGCCAGGCAUCAACCCCAGCUUCGUGUUCCUGCAGCUCUACCACUCCCCUUUCUUUGGUGACGAGUCCAACAAGCCCAUCCUGCUGCCCAACGAGUCCUUCGAGCGGUCGGUGCAACUCCUGGACCAGAUCCCGUCCUACGACACGCACAAGCUCGCCGUCCUGUACGUGGGGGAGGGCCAGAGCAACAGCGAGCUGGCCAUCCUGUCCAACGAGCACGGCUCCUACCGCUACACGGAGUUCCUGACGGGCCUGGGCAAGCUCAUCGAGCUCAAGGACUGCCAACCAGACAAGGUGUACCUGGGCGGGCUGGACGUGUGCGGCGAGGACGGCCAGUUCACCUACUGCUGGCACGACGACAUCAUGCAGGCCGUGUUCCACAUCGCCACGCUGAUGCCCACCAAGGACGUGGACAAGCACCGCUGUGACAAGAAGCGCCACCUGGGCAACGACUUCGUCUCCAUCGUCUAUAAUGACUCCGGCGAGGACUUCAAACUGGGCACCAUCAAGGGCCAGUUCAACUUUGUCCAUGUGAUCAUCACCCCACUGGACUACGAGUGCAACCUGGUGUCGCUGCAGUGCAGGAAAGACAUGGAGGGCCUCGUGGACACCAGUGUGGCCAAGAUCGUGUCCGACCGCAACUUGCCCUUCGUGGCCCGCCAGAUGGCCCUGCACGCAAACAUGGCCUCGCAGGUGCACCAUAGCCGCUCCAACCCCACCGACAUCUACCCCUCCAAGUGGAUCGCCCGGCUGCGUCACAUCAAGCGGCUGCGCCAGCGGAUCCGUGAGGAAGCCCCCUACUCCAACCCCAGCCUGCCCCUGACUCACCCGCCAGCCCACCCCAAGGCUCCGGCCCAGGCCCCGGUUGAGCCCACGCCCACCUACGAGACAGGCCAGCGGAAGCGCCUCAUCUCCUCCGUGGACGACUUCACAGAGUUUGUGUGAGGCUCCCUGUGGCUGUCCUCCCAGCCGGGGCCGGCCCCUGCCUGCCCCCGACGUGGCACAGGAGGGCAGCCCCUGCACGUGAAAUAAACUGCUGCACACACUCGGA